CGGCAGACAGAUAGUUCUGUAACGGAAACUUAUUAGUUUUUUAUUUGUUUUCGGCAUUCCCAAUUGAGUAGUUAAUCACAAAUAUGCCAGACGGCUUAAACAAAAUAUUCUUUCUUCUGCUGAUAACUCAACAAUCCACUAUAUGUAACGGAAAGAAGAACUUUGCCUUCAGCGUGGUCUAUAUGAACGCAUCCUCCAAUCCCGAUAAAAUGAGUGAUUUUAAGUAUAAUUACCACAAUGAAAACCCUAAGGCAAAGUUAUUUUAUGAGUUCAAAUUUAAAGAAACUAUUACACAUUUAACAGCACAUUCAAAAAUCGAUAUGUUGCAUGCUGAUAAUAGGAAAUUCAAUCUUUUGGAUGUUACUCUGGAUGUUUGCCAAUUAUAUGGAUUAUUCAAGUCGAAAAAUCGUAUAUUGCAAAUUUGUUCGCGAGAACUAAAGCGAGUAACAAACUACAGGGACUGCCCAAUCUUGCCGAACAAGACUAUAUGCAUUAAAAAUUACACCAUUGAUCCAGAUUCGUUUCCAUCCUUUCUGCCGUCAUUCUAUUGGAUUGCAGAAAUACAUUUAACAGCGAACAAAGUACACUGUGCUUCCACAUUUUUUAAGGGGAAAAUCUACAAAGUGUGAAAUUGAACAAAGGCUAGCAAAGUUGAGCGCCUUAGCCGAACAGAAUUUUUCUCAUACCCUUUAAUUUUACUUGCAAAAUGUUUGCUACUUUGAUUCAUCCAUUUGUACGAAAUAUAAGAAAUUUUGCGUCAUUUAUAAUAGAACGUCUACAAAUUAAAAUUAUAUGGCAGUUAGGCGCGGUGAUUGACCAAUUUCUCUUAUUUGCAAUACCAACCUUACUCGGAAAAAGUGAGAGCAAAGUGUGAUAGUAGUGUACCAAAUUUCAUUCAAAUAUGUAUCAACCCAUACCUACAAUAUACUAUACUUAUAUAUUGAAAUAAA